ACACAGACUAUGCAGGCAACAAUGGAUCAAUGAUCAUGCGGUGUUCUGUGGCCGGGUCACGUGACUUUCUUCCAAACCACCGCCUAAGUCCCAAGAUAUCAACCAUACUGCUGACUUGUCACUCCAUACCUGCCACGUAGACUUGGACAACCGUUUGGCCGCCUCGUCAUAUUUGUAUAUGGUUUCUUGAUUCAUCGUUCUCUCUACAAAUCACAUUCUACAAAAUUCCAUAUAAAUAUCAUUCGGUGCUUCACCGUCAUAAAUCUUUCCAAGUUCAUCACUCCACGAGAAACCUCAGCUCCCUCCUCACGGAAAACCUAUACAUACACAUCCACAUCUCUCCUCUCUCUGUGUAUAUAUAAAUCUUGUGUCACCGUAAAUAUCAUCGAAAAAUAACAAUGAGCAAGCUCAUAAAUUUAUAUACAUUAUUCUUUCUUCUUCUUCAAAUUUGUGUUGUAUAUCCAAUGCUGGACCCCAUUGAUUUUCUUGCUCUCCAAACAAUCAAAAAAUCACUGCAUGACUUGCCGGGUUCUAAUUACUUCGCUUCUUGGGACUUCACCGGCGACCCAUGCAACUUCGCCGGCGUGUAUUGCGACGGCGACAAGGUGAUUUCUCUGAAUCUCGGUGACCCACGUGCCGGUUCGCCGGGACUCACCGGCCAUCUUGAUCCGGCCAUCGGAAAACUCAGUUCUCUGGCGGAAUUCACCGUCGUUCCGGGGAGAAUUGUCGGGACCAUACCGUCGAACUUUUCGGAGUUGAAGAAUCUUCGGUUUUUAGGUAUUAGUCGGAAUUUUAUCGCCGGUGAUAUUCCGGUGGGUCUUGGGGAGCUCCGGCUGUUGAGAACUUUGGAUUUGAGCUAUAAUCAGCUCACCGGAAUAAUACCUUGGUCGGUGGGGAGUUUGCCGGCGCUGACUAAUGUCAUUCUGGGUCAUAAUAGUCUCUCCGGGUCAAUUCCUCGGUUCGGGUCACAAAUGCUUACCCGACUUGAUCUCAAGCAUAAUGAAUUAUCCGGGUCAAUCGGUCCGGAUCAUCUUCCUCCCUCGCUGCGAUAUCUUUCGUUGUCGAUGAACCGGUUUAGCGGUCCGGUGGAUCGGGUUUUGUCUUCCAUGACCCGGUUAAACUUUUUGGACCUCAGUUUGAAUCAGUUUUCGGGAAGUAUUCCGGGUUCUCUAUUCACAUUUCCUAUGUCAAAUCUUUUUCUACAAAGAAAUUUAUUUACCGGGCCGGUUCAACCAAAUGAUCAAGUCCGAAUUUCAACGGUGGAUCUUAGUUUUAAUCGUUUAUCGGGUCCAAUAUCACCGUUAUUCUCUACGGUUCAAACUCUUUAUCUCAACAAUAAUCGGUUCAUGGGUCAAAUACCACGUACAAUUGUAGACCGGGUGCUCGACUCUAGUAUACAAAUUGUAUAUCUACAACAUAAUUAUUUAACCGGGAUUGAUAUUAAUCCAACGGUUGAGAUUCCGGUUCAAAGUUCAUUGUGUUUGCAAUAUAACUGCAUGGUGCUUCCGGUUCAGACUCCUUGCCCUCUGAAAGCUGGGAAGCAAAAAACUAGGCCAACUGAGCAGUGCAUUGUGUGGAAUAGAGGGGUAAAUUAGAAUUAUGAUUAUUUUAUUUAUUUAUUUAUUGUUGUGAGAAGUUGUAGUUUGAUGAAUUUUGUGAACAUUUUCAGUAAUUGGAAAUAAAUAUUGCUGGGGGUGUUAUAUAGAGAAAAUAAGGAUUUGUUAAAUUUA